AACUCGAGGUAGAAAUUCUGGUUUCCCUGGCCUAGAGCCGGCACUGGCUCUGGCAGGAUGGGUGCCUGGAGAGCUGUGCUCCCAUUCCAGCCAGGCUGAACCUUCUCUUCCCUGUCUCUGGGGCCUGGAUCCCCCCUCUCCUUUGACUUGGAUGCUUCAGGGUCUGAACACCGGGCUUCCCACUGUGACUGGUUCAAGGAGCCAUCUGGUGACACUCUCGGGCUGAGCAUGGCCCUUCCGUCCCUGGGCCAGGACCCUUGGAACCUCCUGGAUGUUUUUUUCUUCUCACUGCUCCUGCUGCUGUCUCUGCCACCAGCCACUGGGACUGGUGGGCAGGAGCCCAUGCCCAGGGUCAAGUAUCAUGCAGGAGAUGGGCACAGGGCCCUCAGCUUCUUCCACCAGAAAGGCCUUCAGGACUUUGACAUACUGCUUCUGAGUAGUGAUGGCAACACUCUCUAUGUGGGAGCUCGAGAGGCCAUCCUGGCUUUGAACAUCCAGAACCCAGGAACCCCAAGGCUGAGGAGCAUGAUACCCUGGCCAGCUAGUGAGAGAAAAAAGAGUGAAUGUGCCUUGAAGAAGAAGAGCAAUGAGACACAGUGCUUCAACUUCAUUCGUGUCCUGGUCUCCUUCAAUGCAACCCAUCUCUACGCCUGUGGGACCUUUGCCUUCAGCCCUGCUUGUACCUUCAUUGAACUCCGAGAUUCCUACCUGUUGCCCAUCUCAGAGGACAAAGUCAUGGAUGGGAAGGGCCAAAGCCCCUUUGACCCUGUUCACAAGCACACAGCUGUCUUGGUCGACGGGAUGCUCUAUUCUGGCACCAUGAACAACUUCCUGGGCAGUGAGCCCAUUCUGAUGAGAACGCUGGGAUCCCGGCCUGUCCUCAAGACUGACAUCUUCCUCCGCUGGCUGUACCAGGAUGCCUCGUUUGUGGCGGCCAUUCCCUCCACCCAGGUCGUCUACUUCUUCUUCGAGGAGACAGCCAGCGAGUUUGACUUCUUUGAGGAGCUGCGCACAUCCCGUGUGGCUCGAGUCUGCAAGAACGACGUGGGCGGUGAAAAGCUGCUGCAGAGGAAGUGGACCACCUUCCUGAAGGCCCAGCUGCUCUGCGCCCAGCCAGGGCAGCUGCCGUUCAACGUCAUCCGCCACGCGGUCCUGCUGCCCGCCGAUUCACCCUCUAUUCCCCGUGUCUACGCAGUCUUCACCUCCCAGUGGCAGGUGGGUGGGACCAGGAGUUCUGCAGUAUGUGCCUUUUCUCUCUCGGACAUCGAGCGUGUCUUUAAAGGGAAGUACAAGGAGUUGGACAAGGAAACUUCUCGCUGGACCACUUACAGGGGCCCUGAGACCCAUCCGAGGCCAGGCAGCUGCUCUGUGGGCCCCUCUUCUGAUAAAGCCUUGACCUUCAUGAAGGACCAUUUCCUGAUGGAUGAGCAAGUGGUGGGAACACCCCUGCUGGUGAAGUCUGCUGUGGAAUACACACGACUUGCAGUAGAAGCAGCCCAGGGCCUCGAUGGGAAUAGCCAUGUGGUCAUGUACCUAGGCACCUCCACAGGGUCCCUGCACAAGGCUGUGGUGGCUGAGAACCGCAGUGCUUAUCUGGUGGAGGAGAUCCAGUUGAGCCUUGACCCUGAACCUGUUCGAAACCUGCAGCUGGCCCCCACGCAGGGUGCAGUGUUUGUAGGCUUCUCUGGAGGCAUCUGGAAGGUUCCCCAAGCCAACUGCAGUGUCUAUGUGAGCUGUGUGGACUGUGUCCUUGCCAGGGACCCCCACUGUGCCUGGGACCCUGAGUCAAGAAUCUGCCGCCUUCUCUCAGGCCUGACCCAGAGCUCCUGGAAGCAGGAUAUGGAGCGAGGGAACCCAGAGUGGGCAUGUGCCCAUGGCCCCAUGGCCAGGAGCCCCCGGCGGCAGAGUCCCCCUCAACUCAUUAAAGAAGUCCAGGCAGUCCCCAACUCCAUCCUGGAGCUGCCCUGCCCCCGCCUGUCCACACUGGCCUCCUACCACUGGAGUCAUGGCAAAACCAUAGUCCCAGAUGCCUCUUCUACCAUCUAUAAUGGCUCACUCAUGCUGCUGCCAAGGGAUGGAGUUGGGGGCCUCUACCAGUGUGUGGCCACUGAGAAUGGCUAUUCAUACCCUGUGGUCUCCUACUGGGUGGACAGCCAGGACCAGCCCCUGGCUCUGGAUCCUGAACUGGCAGGCGUUCCUCGGGAGCGUGUGCAGGUCCCACUGACCAGGGUUGGUGGUGGAGCCUCCACGGCUGCUCAGCGGUCCUACUGGCCUCAUUUUCUCAUCGUCACUGUCCUUCUGGCCUUAGUGCUCUCGGGAGCACUCAUCUUCCUCCUGACUUCUCCUCUGGGAGCACUGCGGGCUCGGGGCAAGGUUCAGGGCUGUGGGGCCCUGCCCCCCAGGGAGAAGGCCCCAUUGAGCAGGGAGCAGCAUCUCCAGCCCCGCAAGGACCACAGGACCUCUGCCGGUGAUGUGGAUGCUGAUAACAACCAUCUGGGCACUGAGGUGGCUUAAACUCUGGGCACAGUUGGGGCUGUUGAGUAGGUACCUGGCCAUGUUGGCUGGGCCAGGCACGAUGGUACUGUGAUAGGGUGGGAGACACACAGGCCACCGUCCGGGGCAGGAGGUGUUCCUGCCACUGUGUACCACCUGCAGCAUCCAGUUGGGCCACAUACAGCAACCUGCCGCUUCUGUGGGACUCCCUUCUGCUAAGUUCAUGGGCUGUCCCCACACCUGCAGCUGUGCAGUGACAGGAGGGCCUGGAAAGGUUCCCUCAGUUCUUGUCAACCGUAAGGACCCUCCAAAGCACAUUGCUCCAGGAGACCCUGGCUAUCCAGGACCCUGUGGUGACAAACCCAGCAUCUGAGCAAGCUAAGUUCCUGAAACUCCAUUCUGGAAGCAGUUGCUAUUUUGAACACCAGCUCUCCUUUCUCCCAGGGGUCUCCAAGAUUCGUUGGGGAGCUGGCCCCUUGUGCUCCCCUUACCAACCAUGUACCACUGACUCUGGGAAGUCUUUUCUGAAAUUUGACCGCCUUUGUUUUUGCUUCUGUUUGGACAGAGUCUUUGCCCUGAAUGGCAGGCGGUAAUCUGAGCCUUGUUGACUCCUUUAGUGUGGCUGGCCCCUUGAAGUCUUCUUACCCCUUCCCUCUGUUUUGGGAUUCAGAAAACUUAAUUUUAUUUUUUAUUAAAAAGACAAAGCUUAUGA